GGCAACGCCUAGCCUCUAUAUCUCGACAAGGAAACUCGUCCCGAAAAUAUACACGUCAAAUUUUCGCGUACCAUGGGUCGUUUGAAAGGCAUUUCCCCGCUUUUGUCUCCCGAUUUACUGCACACACUUUGCUCGAUGGGGCACGGCGAUGAAUUAGUUUUGGCGGAUGCCAAUUUCCCGACGGCUUCCAUGUGCCGAGAUGGAGCCAAGCAAAUCAGAGCCGACGGACACUCGAUUCCGGCUCUGUUGGAAGCUAUCCUCACCUUGAUGCCAUUAGACACUUACUGCUGGUCGCCGGUCAGCGUGAUGGAUGUGACGGAUAAUGAUCGUUGCAAAGGCCUAAGUGACCCGCCCGUCUGGCCGCAGUACAAGCGUCUGCUCAAAGAAGCUGAGCAACGUGACAUUCCCCUGCAAACGAUGGAGCGGUUUGAUUUCUACGAUCGAGCUCGCAAAGCUUUCGCCAUCGUCCAAACGGGGGAGACUGCGCUUUACGGCAACAUUAUUCUGAAAAUGGGCGUCAUCUCUGAAGCUAGCCAAACGGAGCCACCAGCAACCGACAAGUCUUAAAAAGAGAAAAUUUCCAGCAGCUUUCUUUCCUUUUAAAAUAAAACCAAAACCAUUCCCAAUAUUACAAGAAAAACAAAAAUGUUUGAUUAUUACUAUUUUUGUAUUAUGAGAGUGAAUGAGGGUAUUCCUUAAAUGGGUUUGAAAUAAAGAAAAUGUGAAUCGA